AGAAGCCGCGGGAACCCCGGGUCCGCCUCCUCGGCAAGCUGCUUACCGCUCGCCAUGGCCCCGGCGCUGCUGCUGGUCUCGGCGGCCCUCGCCUCCUUCAUCCUGGCCUUUGGCACCGGAGUGGAGUUCGUGCGUUUCACCUCCCUGCGGCCGCUGCUUGGAGGGAUCCCGGAGUCCGGCGGUCCGGAGGCCCGCUAUGGGUGGUUGGCUGCCUUGCAGGACCGAAGCAUUCUGACUUCCCUGGCCUGGGAUCUGGGCCUUCUGCUAUUGUUUGUGGUGCAACACAGCCUCAUGGCAACUGAGACAGUGAAGACAUGGACAUCCCGGUACUUUGGAGUCCUUCAGAGGUCACUGUAUGUGGCAUGCACUGCCCUGGCCUUGCAGCUGGUGAUGCGGUACUGGGAGACUGUACCCAGAGGCCCUGUGUUGUGGGAGGCUCGGGCUGAACCGUGGGCCACCUGGGUGCCCCUCCUCUGCUUUGUGCUCCAUGUCGUUUCCUGGCUCCUCAUCUUCAGCAUCCUACUGGUGUUUGACUACGCUGAACUCAUGGGCCUCAAACAGGUAUAUUACCACGUACUGGGGCUGGGUGAACCUCUGGCCCUGAAGUCUCCUCGGGCCCUGAGGCUCUUUUCCCACCUUCGACACCCAGUAUGUGUGGAACUUCUGACAGUGCUAUGGGUGGUCCCCACGUUGGGCACGGAUCGCCUCCUCCUGGCUCUUCUCCUUACCCUCUACCUUGGCUUGGCUCACGGGCUCGACCAGCAAGAUCUCCGCUACCUUCGGUCCCAAUUACAAAGAAAACUCCAGCUCCUCUCCAGACCCCAGGAUGGGGAAGCAGAAUGAGGAGCUAUCGGCCAGCCGUUGAGCUAUCUCAAAAUCAAAACCCCUUAAUCCAGGCCCUGUUGUUUGCUCCAGACCAGAGGCUGGAAACCUUAUGCUGAAGGGGCCAUCCCCCCCCCCCCCCCCCCCCCCGCCCUGCUUGAGACCUCAGGUCCAGGGUCCAGGACCCCUACUCUAAAUUUAGAGUUUCAGCCACUUCUCACCAACCAAGAGUGGAUAGUCAUGAAUCUCAUCUCAACUCUUGGGGUGUGACACUCACACACGAAUCUCAUCUCUUGGGGCUUCCCAUACGCACACACAGAGGCUAAGGGUCCUGCCUUGAGCACUCACUGCCCUGGCAUUGUUACUGGCUCUACACCUCAGGGAUUCCCCUUCCUAGCUUCCACUUCAGGGAGCUAUGUCAAGGCCAGUCUGCAAGUUUGCAGGUAGUUGGCUAUCUCCUCUGCACCGCGGUUGUGCAUUUCCCCCCAUCCCUGCCUUACAGCUCCUUGUUGUCUCCAGUUUUUUAAUUGGGUCUUCUACAGCGAUGUCUCUCGUUUUUUUGUUUUCUGUUUUUAACUCGGGCUGACUCAGGGCUCCCUGCUCUCCCAAAGGGUAUGCGCUGCAUAAAAAUAAAAAAAAAAUUUUUUACA